AUGGCACAGGCUGUCUUUGACGAUCCCUGGACCCCCCUAGCUAACAUACUUUACCCGUCUACAGCGGCCCUGCAUGAGACGUUCGCAGCAGACAGCACAGCGGUCGGUACGGGGGACAUGGCUAGUGACUUUCCUUUUGGACUCUCAGGCCAAGAGCAGUCAAUCGUGCAUAGGAUGUACAGUUCCUCUACCGGGACAUCUACGGAGCCUCCCUACCUUGACUGUUUCUCAUCCGCGGUUGCAGUGAAUCCGGCUAACCACGAAUUGACAGGACUUCAUGACUUGGGCUUGGAGACAACUGAAGACGCUUCAGCAAGCGACGAUGACCUAUGCAGGGCCAUUCAAAGCCAUGAAGAGAUUAUCCAGAAAGAUGAAAGAUUCCAAAGAGUUGAUGUUGAGGAGGUCCAUUGGCAACAUGACAUCCCGCCGGGCGGGGGCUUCAAUGCCGAUAUACUUGGAUCCGACAAUUCCGAUCCAAAUGAAUUGGAUACUCUUGUCCGGCAGCUACAGUUCCCAGACGAUAGCCAGGAGAUGAUUGGACGUCUCUUCGUGGGGCACACGUCCAAUAUACUGUCUAUCAGGGAAGACGAAAACAUGGACCCAUGGCAAGGGCUUGUCUGGCCUAUGACGCGUGAUUGUCCUGCGCUUUACCACGCUCUAGCCGCAAUGACGUGUGCACACAUAAGCAAUACCCAACAGCAACUUAAUCUACUCAGCAUGAAGCAUCUAAAUCUUAGCGUCCAAGCUCUCGUCAUCAGUAUGAACAACAGCAGGAUGUCCUUGGAGGCUGCCAUUGCCACCAGGCUCGCCCUUGCCUUCGCCGAGUCCUGGGAUUGUCACGCAUCAGCAACGGGGAUCACUCAUCUCAACGAUGCUCAAGUACUCAUUCAACGGGCUAUCCAGGAACGCUUUGCUUCGGGGCCUAUAAACAGUGAACUGGAAUGUCUAAAAUUCCUUAUCAAUACCUGGUUGUACAGAAACGUCCUUGCUCGCUUGACAUGUACCGAGCCUACAGGUACCACGAUCGCCGAGUCCGUGACCACAUACACUUCUAUACUGCCUCAUAUAGACGAAAAGGAGAUUGAUCCGCUCAUGGGCUGUGGUACUGCACUCUUUCCAUCAAUUGGCCGCCUGGUGGAGCUUGUCCGUCGCGUCCGCGGCCGACCGGAGAAUCGCAACUCUCCUGCGAUAAUCUCGAAAGCUAUUGAGAUAAAGAUGGCUCUUGAAGGCUGGGUCUCACCCGUAGACUCGGACAGCAAGAGCUCAAAUAUUUCCGACUUAAUACAGACCGCAGAGGCAUACCGAGGCGCUGCGCUUCUACUCCUUCGGCAAGCAGUCCCGGAGCUUCCUGCCUCAUGUUCAAUAUCGAAAUUAGCGCAGAAAACUCUCGUCUUUCUCGCCACCACACCGCCAUCAUCUCGGACGAUACAUGCGCAAAUAUUUCCGUUGAUGAUAGCAGGCUGUGAGACGUUCGACGAUGACGAUCGAGAGUGGGUUCGUCAGCGCUGGGAGCUCAUGUCCCGACGCUUGAUGACCGUGGUACCAUAUCGAUGUAGAGAUAUGACAAUAGAGGUAUGGCGAAGGAGGGACGAAUUUGAGACACGCCACGGCCUACGUGACCUGAUAAAAGCUCACCGACCUUUUCCCAUAAUAAGCCGUCGCGCGAUGGAUACCACGACGCUUUACGAUUCACUCCGUGUUCCUCAGAGCAAUAUUGACAGCACUAUAAGUCAAGAGGGACUGAAGCCGCCUUCUGCGGAAACACGGUCAGGUCCAAGGUCAUCGGAUUUCCCGGACUCGGCUGCAUUUCAGAAAGGGACAGAUCCUGUCACAAGGGCGGGGUUUAUCAACUAUACCAUUAAAGGGAACAUGUUAGACGUUGAAAUCAACUCAGCUUUUUUCAGUGGGCCGCUUCUACCGGAGUUAUUACGCCGAGUUAUGGAGUAUCUCAGUGAUGAUCUCCCUUCUCUGCGAUCGGCAGCCUUGGUGAACAAGUCAUGGGCUGCGGAAGCCAUCAGUGUCCUUUGGCAACAGCCACCGGUGGAAGCCUUAGCCUCGAGCCUAGACCACCACCGCCAAUUCUACGCGCGUCAGGUUCGUGAGCUAAAUUUUGGGGGUUCAGAGGACGGAAAGCAACAUGCACGUUUCCGUACGCUAGAGUUCCCAAGGCUAAAGCGUCUGACAAUCGACUCGUAUAAUCCAGGAAAUGGAGAAAAAUUAUGGCUUGGUCAAUACAUACAACCGAGCUUGGAAGAAUUCAGGUUUUAUGGGUCUGAGCCGGCAGAAGACUUGCUUAACCAACUGGAAACGCGUUGUCCACGAUUACAGAGCGUUUUGAUCGAUUAUGCAUUCGAGGGAAUAAACACCGGGCGCCUAAUACAAUUUUUCGACUGUUGCAGAUCUCUGAGAUCAAUCCAUCUUCCAUCUUUUAUGGAUGCUUUCGUCGACGACCAGAUGCUUGCCUACCUUGCCCGUCAUAAUGGUCUUGAGGAAUUGGAAUUGGGAAAGACCAUCACCUAUGGGAUGAUUGAGAGAGCCUUUGAUGGGGUAGAGGCCCCUUUCCAGUCUAUCCAGCGCCUCACAGUUCAAUUGAAAUCGAAAGCAGUUGAACCCCUCACUGCAGCUAUUAAAUCUGCUACUAAUCUUGUAUUGACCGUGGACGAUAACGAGCUGAGCCCUUUGCCACUGGUCAAGUCCCUGUCAAAACUUACUGAACUUGACAUUGUAUUUUGUCAGGAAGGAGUCUGGCCCGCCACAGACCUACUUGCACUCAAGGGAUUGAGGAAUUUACGCAGACUGUGUAUAUCUUCAUUGGAGGACCCCCCAGCGUUCCCCGCAUUCACAGACCAAGAGUUCAUCCAGAUUUUCGAGCAUAUGCAUCAUCUCCAGGAGUUGGUAUUUCAGAUCCAGUGCAAAUUGUCAAUAGUAGCGAUCACUUCGCUAGGAACGCAUUGCCGUGAACUUGAAUCUUGUGAGAUAUUUGGUUCCUAUGACUUGCAUGGCUGGUCAACCAUCGAACGACCGCUCUUUCCACAGUUAAGACAGCUUGACCUCGGAGCAGCAGUAUCUGGGGAGCGAGCAUCAGAAUCAUCCUCAUUGGCUACAAACGCCCAGGUGCUUGCGCAACUAAUCGCAGAGCAUGCACCAAAACUGGAAGAAUUAUACCUACAGGAUGAUGAUGAAUUUUCCAACGAGGUGGUGGCAGCGUUCAAAGCCCAGACUGGUAACGAAUACAACUCAUAG